UUUAAAUGGCAAAAUUUUAAAAUCAUUUUUUUUACGUUUUAUACGAAAGUAUUAAAAACUAUUUCAUUGCAGAUCUAUGUAAUUAUUUAUUGUAAAGCACAAUUUGUUAUUUCUUUAAGUAAUUUAGUUAAUUGAUUUAUUUUUAUUUCUAAUAAUUUAUAUUUUCUACAUUUUUAUUAUUUUUAAAUUUAUAUGAAAAUAUUUUAAUUUUUGCAGGCCGGUUUGGAUUCUUUGAUUACCAAUGGUAUGCGUGGAUUCGAAGACAAUGAUAAAGUUGGAAUUGUUUUCACAAACACCGAGUUUCCGGACAAACCAUUAGCUAUAUCUUUAAAAAAUAGAAGUCAAAUGACAUCCGCAGUCAUUCUUGAUACUCUAGGGUUGGUGCUACAAAGCAACUCCAGUUUUUUCACCAACAACCAGCUUACUAUGGCUCUCGACAGGGUCCAGCUCCCAACAGGCCGUGGAAGAGUGUCUCUAAAAGGAGCAACUUACGAGGAAUUCUGCCGGAGAAAAUACGGUAUCGUAACUGUUAAUAAUGACGAUAAUUAUUGUUUAGCCUAUGCUAUAGCGUUGGGUAUAGCACAUCGUAGUGAUAUAACCGAUUUUAAAAAACUUAAGGCAAAUCCUGAUCUUUUAAAACAACGCGGUAGAGAAUUAAGUAGGGCCUGUAACGUGAAUCUCUCAAAUGGAGGGAAUCUUGAAGACAUUAAAUGUUUUCAAGAUUAUUUAAAAAAUGAUUUUACGCUUGUUGUGUACAAUAAUAGAAGAGGUAGUGAAACAUAUUUUAAGGGGGAGCCAAAAGACACGCGUAAAACAAUAAAUUUAAUAUUAGAAGAUAACCAUUAUAACCUUAUUUUAAGUUUGACGGCUGCAUUUUCUACGAGUUAUUUUUGUGAACCAUGUCAAAAACGCUAUGGUAGUAGAGAAAAGCACGUUAAAUGUCCUUAUGCCUGCCCUAAUUGUCAUAGUUCACCCCCUUGUGGUUCCGAUAUAGAGGAAAUAACGUGUAAAGAUUGUAAACGGACAUUCCGGGGUAUUGCGUGUUUAAAUAUGCAUAAGGAGAAGCUGUGUUCGAAACUGCAUAGAUGUUUGUCAUGUUUAAAUAGUUACUGGACCAAGGAUAAGCAUAAUUGUGGUUAUUGCCGAACGUGUUUAUGCUUAAAACCUAUUAGGCACGAUUGUUACAUGCAACCAAGCGUUAUAAGCGACAAAACUAAAAAAUCGCUCGAGAACGAUUUUUUGUUUGCCUUUUAUGACUUUGAGUGCAUGCAAGAAAAAGAAAUAUCCAGUAAUAUAUUUUUACAUGAGCCAAAUUUGUGUGUGGUAGAACAAGUGUGCUCUGAGUGUAUUACGUCGGAUAAUAUAGAUUUAGAUUGUAUUAAAUGUGGAAAACGAAAACAUAUUUUUUCAAAAAAUCCUGUUGAGUCGCUUUUGAAUUUUCUACACGAAUUCGAAAAGAAAAAAUUUAAUGUUUUCGCUUUGGCACACAACAUGAAAGGUUACGAUGGAUGCUUUAUAACGAAACAUAUUUUUAAGCACGUUAAUAGAUGGAACCCUCAAAUUAUAAGAAACAGGUGCAAAUUUGUUUCAAUAACAUGUAAUAAUAUUAAAUUUAUUGAUAGUUUAAAUUAUAUGCCAUUACCUUUAAAUAAACUUCCCAGCGCUUUUAAAUUUGAAGAAGUUAAGGGAUAUUUUCCACACCUAUUUAACAGAACCGAAAAUAGUAAUUAUGUGGGGCCUCUGCCGGAUGCCUCUUUUUAUAUGCCCGAUUCAAUGACUUUAGAUGCGCGUAGUAAAUUUUUUAAAUGGUAUAAUGAGAAUAUAUCAAAUAAUGUUGUAUUUAAUUUUAAAGAAGAAAUAAUAAAAUAUUGUAUCAUGGAUGUCGAUAUUUUACGGAAAUCGUGCAUAAAAUUUCGUGAAUGUUUUAUUGAAGCUACAAAUAUUGAUCCUUUCCAGGAAGCGACUACAAUAGCUAGCGUAUGUAAUAAAGUAUUUAGGAGAAAUUUUCUUCAGCCUAAUACCAUAGGUGUUAUUCCACCUAAGGGAUAUAGAAUGAAAGAUAAUUUUUCCGAAAUAUCGCUUAAGUGGUUGUGCUGGCAAGAAUCUCUAUUUCCGAAUAUUAAACACGCGGGUAAUAGUCAUGAAAUCCGACUUAAAGAGAAUCUCUUAGUCGACGGUUUUUGUGCGACCACCAACACAGUCUUCGAAUUUGACGGGUGUUUUUUUCAUGGUUGUGAGAAAUGUUUUCCUCAGCAGACAACCUCUUUUCGAAAUUCCACAAAUAAAAAUCAACAGAUGUUUUUAAAACUCGAAAAGACUAAAGCCAAACACAACAAAAUUAAAGAAGCAGGGUAUAAUUUUAAAACAAUUUGGGAAUGUGAAUUUCGAGAGCUGUUGAAAACUGAUAAAGGCGUAAGAGAUUAUGUUAAUAAUAAUUAUAAAAAAUACAUAGAGUCACCAUUAAAUCCUCGCGAAAGCUUCUUUGGUGGUCGUACAAAUGCUGUAAAAUUGUACCAUAAAAUAUCGGACAUAAAUAAUGAAAAAAUCCACUAUUGCGAUGCAUGUUCCUUAUACCCUUUUGUAAAUAAAUACAAAAAAUAUCCCAUUGGCCGUCCACAGACUCAUGUUGGUGACGAAGCGUGCAGGAAACUGCCCAUGGAUACGGUAGAAGGUAUUAUUAAAUGCUCGGUUCUUCCACCUAGAAAUUUAUACCACCCAGUUCUACCGUAUAAAUGUAACAAUAAACUAAUGUUCCCCUUAUGUAAAGCUUGUGUAGAGUCAUUGUAUCAGGGAAAAUGUCUGCAUACAGAAGAGGAGCGUAAGUUUACCGGUACCUUCGUAGCCGAUGAAUUGAGGAAAGCUAUUUCUUUAAAUUAUAAAAUCUUGGAAAUUUAUGAGGUAUGGGAGUAUAAAGUUACUCAAUUCGACCGCAAAACUAAGUCUGGGGGCCUUUUCUCAAAAUAUGUCGAUACAUUUUUAAAAAUUAAGCAAGAGUGUAGUGGCUGGCCUAGCUGGUGCACUACGGAGGAAUCUAAAGAUGCCUAUAUUCAAGCAUAUUUUGAGCACGAGGGUAUACUCCUGGAUAAAACAAAAAUUUGUCAUAAUCCGGGCAUGCGAUUUAUUGCUAAAUUAAUGUUAAAUAGUUUUUGGGGUAAAUUCGGACAGAGAGAGAACCUUAUGCAAACAACAGUAAUUAGCACCCCCCAGGAACUAUUUGACAUGUUAACAGACUCUUCUAUUAUUGUUAACAAUAUGGUAAUUAUUAGUGAUGAAAUGCUUCUUAUUAGUUGGAAAAAACACGAAGAAGCAGUUUCACCCCUUUCUACCGUUAAUGUCGCUAUAGCAGCGUAUACCACGGCUAUGGCGCGAUUGGAGCUUUACUCCUAUUUAGAAAAACUAGGUAAACGAGUACUUUACUUUGACACAGAUAGUGUUAUAUUCACGCAUAAAGAGGGUGAGUGGAUGCCCGACGUAGGUGACUAUUUAGGUAUGUUAACAGACGAAGUAGCUGAAUACGGCCCUGGUAGUAAAAUUACAGAGUUUGUUAGCGGUGGGCCUAAAAAUUACGCCUACAAAAUUUAUAUCGCGGGCAAGCAAGAAUUUAAUACUGUGUGCAAAGUAAAGGGUAUAACUAUUAAUUCAAAAAGCUGUAAAAACGUAAAUUUUGAAACUUUGAAAGCCAUGGUGUGCGAUAAUGCAGAAGCGACAUAUGUACACAACACCCGUAAAAUUUGUAUUACGUCGAAUUACGAUAUAAUAUCGCGUCCGGAGUCAAAAAUCUAUAGAAUUGGCUAUACCAAACGGCGAAGAAUAGACAGCAAUUAUGAUACCGUCCCUUAUGGCUAUCUAGAAGAGGAAGAAGCAUGUGGUUAUAAUAGUGUAAAUGAUGAACAACAGGAGAUGGACUUGCAAUCAAAAGUUGCCACUGCUACUACUACGGUUCAAGAUGAAAACAAAGACAUUCCUUUUUAUAUGGAUGGUUGGACUUUGUAAAAUAAAAAAAAGAUGAACAUGUAGAGUAGGACACGCACUUUGACUAUGCUUCCACUGUUCGAGUUGAAUACAAAAGAAGAAGAAGACAACCCAGCAUAAAAAUAAUAAUAGAAAAUUCAUAAAAUAAUAUGCAAUGUGAUUAUUUAUAUAUAUUAAUUUAUUUAUUUACUUAUAUUUAUUAAGCUACAAUUUAAUAUGUG